AUGGCCAAACUCAAUACUCUUUCCUGCUGGCUUCUAAGCCUAUGGAUGCCAUUAUUGGCACUGGGCAUGCCGACUGCGAGAGACUCAGGUCCGCUCUACCCAGUCGAUGACCCUUUCUAUGUGCCUCCUGAGGGAUUUGCGUCUACGGCGCCAGGCACCAUUCUACGUCACCGGACGCCGCCAUAUCCCAUUGCAGCGUUCGGUUUGGUCCCAAUCAACCUGGCAGCGUCCCACCAGAUCUUGUAUCGGACAACCAAUUCGUUCGGAGACGCAAUCGCGACAGUUUCCACUAUUCUAGUGCCACAUAACGCGAAUUUCACUAAGCUGCUAUCAUACCAAGUGGCUGAAGAUGCUGCGGAUCCUAAUUGCUCGCCGUCUUAUGGAUUCCAGCUGAAAUCCGCCACAGACGGGAUCCUUGGGUUGGUCAUGCCCCAGGCAGAAAUACUUUGGAUCACCGCAGCUCUCGAAAAAGGAUGGGUAGUCACUGUACCUGACCACCUUGGUCCAAAAUCUGCGUUUUUGGCAAACAAUCUCUCGGGACAUGCCACUCUGGACAAUAUCCGGGCUGCUCUGGCAUCCAGCGAGUUCACAAAUAUCACAUCGGACGCAACAGUUACCAUGUGGGGAUAUUCUGGUGGUAGUUUGGCUACUGGCUUUGCUGCAGAGUUGCAACCAUCAUACGCUCCGGAGUUGAAGCUUGCUGGUGCUGCACUCGGGGGAACUGUUCCAAAGAUUCUUCCAGUUAUAUAUUCAGUCAACGGAGGAUUGUUUGCGGGAUUGGCUCCCGCUGGUAUUCAGGGUCUUGCAAAUGAGUACCCAAGUGCAGUGCAACUGAUCGAGCAGAACAUAUUGCCCUCUAAGGCGGCCGACUUCAACAAAACACGAAGUCUCUGUCUCAGCGGAGAUAUAAUCGAAUAUUUUGACCUAAACAUCUUCACGUACUUCAAUAAUUCUAGCAUCUUUACCGAGCCAAUAGCCACUGCGUUGCUUGACGCCAAUGCCAUGGGCCAGCAUCUGCCCGAGAUACCCCUCUAUAUCUACAAAUCGGUCGGCGACGAGGUCAGCCCAGUCAACGAGACUGAUGCCCUUGUACGGCAAUAUUAUUGCCCUGGCGGUGUCAGCGUGGAGUACAAGCGCGACGACCUGUCGGACCAUGUGACUAUGGACAUCCUUGGGGCGCCUGAUGCUUUUAUGUGGCUUGAAGACCGCAUGGACGGUAUCCCAGCAAGUGCAAAUUGCUCCGAAUCGACCGUCCUCACCAGCUUAACUGAUCCCAGUGUGAUCGCGGCUCUUGGGGCAGACCUUGUCGACGUGUUGCUCGAACUUCUGUCUGCCCCGGUUGGACCUACCCUAAGUGGAUGA